AUGAAGCUACUCUCGCAGAAAGAAGCCACAGACAUCGAUCUGAAGCUGUUCAAUGAGUACAAAUUCAGCGUGGAUCAACUGAUGGAACUCGCCGGACUUUCCUGCGCUCACGCCAUAGCAAAGUGCUACAAUCUCGAGAAGUUGAAGACACCCAAAGUACUGGUGUGCUGCGGCCCGGGAAACAACGGCGGUGACGGAUUGGUUUGUGCUCGACAUUUGGCUUUGAUGGGCUUCCAGCCGGUGAUUUACUAUCCCAAGCAGACGGACAACCAGCUGUACAAGAACUUGACUCACCAGUGCGAGAGGAUGAGCAUCGGCUUUGUCCAGGAAGCGCCGCACACGAAAGAUAUUGAUGAAAACUACUCCGUCGUCGUCGAUGCUCUGUUCGGAUUCAGCUUCAAGCCUCCCGUGAGGGAAUCUUUCGCCCCGAUCAUGGAGUCUCUUGUGGAGACUAGCACUCCUGUAGCCAGCGUGGACAUCCCCAGCGGUUGGCACGUUGAGGAUGGCCCAGCCGAGGCGAAAUCCCUCCAGCCUGACUUGCUGAUCUCUCUGACUGCCCCAAAACUCUGCUCGGUGCACUUCAAGGGUCAACAUCACUUCCUGGGCGGCAGAUUCGUGCCUCCGGCGCUGCAGGAAGAGUACAACCUGAACUUGCCCGAGUAUCCGGGAACUGAAAGCUGUGUUCGACUGCCGAAACAAUAA